AGUUCUUCGGCGCGCAGUUCUCCCGCUCUUUCCAGCUGCGCAGCUUCCGUAGUUGGGCUACGCGAGGGGGUCCUCAGAAACCUCACACUUCUCGGGUCAGGGAAGGUUUGGGAGGAUGCUGAGGCCUGAGAUCUCAUCAGCCUCGCCUUCUGCCCCGGCGGUUUCCCCGUCGUCGGGAGAAACCCGCUCACCACAGGGUCCCCGCUACAAUUUCAGACUCCAGGAGACUCCUCAGAGCCACCCUUCAGGCCAGGUGGCCUCUGCAUCCACCCCUCCCGGCACGUCAGGAGCCGCGGGCGACCGGAGCAGCAGCAGCAGCCUCCCCUGCCCCGCGCCAGGCUCCCGGCCAGCUCAAGGUUCAUACUUUGGAAACAAAAGAGCUUAUGCAGAAAACACAGUUGCAUCAAACUUUACUUUUGGUGCAAGCUCAUCUUCUGCACGAGAUACUAAUUAUCCUCAAACACUUAAAACUCCAUUGUCUACUGGAAAUCCUCAGAGAUCAAGUUAUAAGAGCUGGACACCACAAAUGGGAUAUUCAGCUUCAUCCUCAUCUGCGAUUUCUGCACACUGCCCAUCAGUUAUUGUAGCUGUUGUAGAAGGGAGAGGACUUGCCAGAGGUGAAAUAGGAAUGGCAAGUAUUGAUUUGAAAAACCCCCAAAUUAUACUAUCCCAGUUUGCAGACAACACAACAUAUGCAAAGAAUGUUAAUUUCACUACUAUCCAAAGGAAAUACUUCAAUGAAACAAAAGGAUUAGAGUACAUUGAACAGUUAUGCAUAGCAGAAUUCAGCACUGUUCUAAUGGAGGUUCAGUCCAAGUAAGUUAUGUAUUUAUUUAUUUUUUUACUAGCCCACAGCUACCAAUAUNNNNAAUUUAUUCAAAAUUCAGUAUAUGCACCAAAAUCGCUGAAGAUUUGUUUCCAGGGUAGUGAACAGACAGCCAUGAUAGAUUCAUCAUCAGCCCAAAACCUUGAAUUGUUAAUUAAUAAUCAAGACUGUAGGAAUAAUCACACUCUCUUUGGUGUUCUAAAUUAUACUAAGACUCCUGGAGGGAGUAGACGACUUCGUUCUAAUAUAUUAGAACCUCUAGUUGAUGUUGAAACCAUUAACAUGAGAUUAGAUUGUGUUCAAGAACUACUUCAAGAUGAGGAACUAUUUUUUGGACUUCAAUCAGUUAUAUCAAGAUUUCUUGAUACAGAGCAGCUUCUUUCUGUUUUAGUCCAAAUUCCAAAGCAAGACACGGUCAAUGCUGCUGAAUCAAAGAUAACAAAUUUAAUAUACUUGAAACAUACCUUGGAACUUGUGGAUCCUUUAAAGAUUGCUAUGAAGAACUGUAACACACCUUUAUUAAGAGCUUACUAUGGUUCCUUGGAAGACAAGAGGUUUGGAAUCAUACUUGAAAAGAUUAAAACAGUAAUUAAUGAUGAUGCAAGAUACAUGAAAGGAUGCCUGAACAUGAGGACUCAGAAGUGCUAUGCAGUGAGGUCUAACAUAAAUGAAUUUCUUGACAUAGCAAGAAGAACAUACACAGAGAUUGUAGAUGACAUAGCAGGAAUGAUAUCACAACUUGGAGAAAAAUAUAGUCUUCCUUUAAGGACAAGUUUUAGCUCUGCUCGAGGAUUUUUCAUCCAGAUGACUACAGACUGUUUAGCCCUACCUAAUGAUCAACUUCCUUCAGAAUUUAUUAAGAUUUCUAAAGUGAAAAAUUCUUAUAGCUUUACAUCAGCAGAUUUAAUUAAAAUGAAUGAAAGAUGCCAAGAAUCUUUGAGAGAAAUCUAUCACAUGACUUAUAUGAUAGUGUGCAAACUGCUUAGUGAGAUUUAUGAACAUAUUCAUUGCUUAUAUAAACUAUCUGACACUGUGUCAAUGCUGGAUAUGCUACUGUCAUUUGCUCAUGCCUGCACUCUUUCUGACUAUGUUCGACCUGAAUUUACUGAUACUUUAGCAAUCAAACAGGGAUGGCAUCCUAUUCUUGAAAAAAUAUCUGCGGAAAAACCUAUUGCCAACAAUACCUAUAUUACAGAAGGGAGUAAUUUUUUGAUCAUAACUGGACCAAACAUGAGUGGAAAAUCCACAUAUUUAAAACAGAUUGCUCUUUGUCAGAUUAUGGCCCAGAUUGGAUCAUAUGUUCCAGCAGAAUAUUCUUCCUUUAGAAUUGCUAAACAAAUUUUUACAAGACUCAGUACUGAUGAUGAUAUCGAAACAAAUUCAUCAACAUUUAUGAAAGAAAUGAAAGAGAUAGCAUAUAUUCUACAUAAUGCUAAUGACAAAUCGCUCAUAUUAAUUGAUGAACUUGGCAGAGGUACUAAUACAGAAGAAGGUAUUGGCAUUUGUUAUGCUGUUUGUGAAUAUCUACUGAGCUUAAAGGCAUUUACAUUGUUUGCUACACAUUUCCUGGAACUGUGCCAUCUUGAUGCCCUCUAUCUUAAUGUAGAAAACAUGCAUUUUGAAGUUCAACAUGUAAAGAAUACCUCAAGAAAUAAAGAAGCAAUUUUGUAUACCUACAAACUUUCUAAGGGACUCACAGAAGAGAAAAAUUAUGGAUUAAAAGCUGCAGAGGUGUCAUCACUUCCACCAUCAAUUGUCUUGGAUGCCAAGGAAAUCACAACUCAAAUUACGAGGCAAAUUUUGCAAAACCAAAGGAGCACCCCUGAGAUGGAAAGACAGAGAGCUGUGUACCAUCUAGCCACUAGGCUUGUUCAAACUGCUCGAAACUCUCAAUUGGAUCCAGACAGUUUACGAAUAUAUUUAAGUAACCUCAAGAAGAAGUACAAGGAAGAUUUUCCCAAGACUGAACAAGUUCCAGGAAAGACUGAAGAAUAAUAACAAUUCUAAUGUAAUAAUAUAUCUUAAUUCAAGGAACCUAGAAUUUAUUUUUCUUCUCAGAUAUAAGGAAAAUAAUAUUUUCCAAAUUUCAUAUUUUAACUGAAAAUGACAUUAUAUUAACGGCACAAUUGUCAUCUAUUCUACAUGAAAAAUAUUUAUUGUAACUUAAAUGAGAACUACUUAAAGGAAUGGUUUUUAUGUUAGGAAAAAAUACAAUAUACCACUUUUUUCUCACAAAAAUUCACAUUUGUAAGACCUAAGUUUAUUUAUACUUACAAGUUAUAAUUUAAAAUAUUAUUGUAAAUACCCUAGUUUAAUAAACACCUUUCUUUUUAG